UUCAACUUAAAGUUUUUAUAUUUGAAAUAGUUUCGGAAUAACUUGUACAUCAUGUUAUAAAAGCUAUACAAUUGUUAUGAUCUUGAAAAAGCGACAUUCAAAAGAAAGGUUUAUACUUUAUAGUUUAUACCUUAUCUAUGCCACGUAUAUCCUCUAUAUAUAUGUUCCCUCAAACACAUGCCAUUUUCAAGAAUCUGUGCUUCAUAGUUCAUACUCUUUCUAACUUGUUUCCAAAAGGUUUCUUUCUUUUUUAUCAAGAUUUGAUCAUAGCACAAGAUGGGUGAGAUUGAGAAAAGUAAGAUAUGUCAAGAUAUGGGAUUCAAAAAGAAUGAUGCUCAAUGGGUUUUAAUGGAAGCUAAAGAUGAUGUUUGCAAGUAUGGCCUUAUGGAAUCGGAUUCAGAGGAUUUAUCUUUCGAGUCAUCUUCUUCAUCGGAAAUGAUAGAUGAUGCAUCUUCAUCAUCUUCGUCUUCAUCUUCAUGUGGUCCUUUGUUCGAACUAUCUGAACUCAUGGCACAACUACCUAUUAAGAGGGGCAUAUCAAAGUUUUAUCAAGGGAAGUCCGAAUCAUUUGCAUCACUAACAAGUGUGCAAAGCAUUGAAGAUCUUGCAAAGAAAGGGAAGUAUUGUUGUAGAUCAAGAAGGUCAAUGAAAACCUAUGGAGGUGGUUUAGACGGUCAAAGUCAAAGAUUAAGUCCAAAAGCCACCAUAGCCAAGAACAAGAAGGGUUCUUCAACUGCUAGGACAUCAAUAUUUUCUUCACUAGGAGAAAUGAGUUCUUUAUUGGCUAAUUAACUUUAAUACUUUUUAGCCUUUGGUACAAAUUAUGGCUACCCAUCGGAUCGAGGUUUUUUCAAUCUUCCUUUUUGAGGAUUGUUAUUUAAUCAUUUGGGUAUAUUAGGGUUUCUUUUUUAUAUAUUUUUGGUUCUUGUUUUAUCAAAAUUGUACCUGAAUGUAGUUUUUUUAAACGGCAAGACAGUUGUUUGCAGAUAUCUCAUGAAACUACACGUUUAUGUAGUUGGGAUAUAUGUUUUGUUACUUUUUAUCGUGAUAAACAUAUUUGAAGUCUUGUACAUCUAUGUAUAGUGUAUUGAUACUGUUGUUUUAAAUCAUACGAUAAUUAUAUCUGGAUAAGCUUAAGCUUUGUUUC